GAUUUUAAUUUAGUCAGUGUUGCAUUGUUUUGACAACUUUAUUGAAAUGGCCAGUACACUUAUUGCAACAGGCUUGGGUCUUGCUGUAGUAGGUUUUACAGGACGUUAUAUAAUUAAAAAAAUGCCACAUUUAUCUCAAAAAAUGGCAGAAGCUUAUAAAAAUGUACCAAAAUUAAAUCCAAAGACUUUAGCAAACAAUAAAUAUUAUAAAGGUGGUUUUGAAUCUAAAAUGACACGACGUGAAGCUAGUUUAAUCUUGGAUGUUUCACCAACUGCAAGUAAAGUGAAAGUAAAACAGCAAUUUAAAAAAAUCAUGGCUGUGAAUCAUCCAGAUCGAGGUGGAUCUCCGUAUAUUGCAGCAAAAAUUAACGAAGCAAAAGAUUUAUUAGAAAAAUAAUAGUUAAAUGUAUGAAUAUAAAUAGUGUACAUGAAAUUUAUUAUAUGUAGUUUUAUAAAUUUAAUUUCAAGUAAAUUUUUAUGUAUAUAUUUAAUAAUAUAAUGAUUUUAAAUAUUUUAUUUAAUAUGUAAUAAAAUUGUUUAUACAUUUAUGAUUCCUUUAAUUUUAUAUUUAUAUUUUUAAUAUAUUUAUGUUAAAUUAAAAAUUAUAUUAAUAAAAAUAUAACAUAUGAUUUAAUACAAUAAAUAUAUUAAAAUUUUAUAAUAUAUAUAAUAAACUUAGUUCGUACAUUGUAAAUAAUAAAUGUAUAAAAAAUUUUAUAAAUCAAUAUAAAUCAAUGUAAUAAAUUAUUGAUGUGUAAUUUUUUACUUUUAUACUAAAUUUAUAUUUACAGAAAGAAAUACUGUAGAUGUAACAUUAUAAUCUUAUAUAGUACAUUCGUUUUUUUUAGGA